CCGCCCCGCGCGCAGCGGCGCUUCCGCCCAUUCAUCGCCGCGCUCGGUGGCCGCUUGCUGGCGCGGGAGGCCGCGGCCUGCUCGGAGCCCUCCGCCUGCGCCAGGCCUCCGCAGCGCCCGCGCCCGGGCCCGCACCGCCCCGCGGCUCGCCGCGCCCCGCGGGCCGCCCGCCGCUCCCUGCCCCGGGCCGCCCGCCUCCCGCCGCUAUGAAGCUCGUCAGGUUUCUGAUGAAGCUGAGCCAUGAGACUGUGACCAUUGAACUGAAGAAUGGGACACAAGUGCAUGGAACUAUCACAGGGGUGGAUGUCAGUAUGAAUACGCAUCUCAAGGCAGUUAAAAUGACACUGAAGAACAGAGAACCUGUACAGCUGGAGACGCUGAGCAUUCGAGGGAAUAACAUCCGAUACUUCAUUCUGCCAGACAGUUUGCCUCUGGAUACUUUGCUAGUGGAUGUUGAACCAAAAGUCAAAUCGAAGAAAAGAGAAGCAGUUGCGGGAAGAGGCCGUGGCAGAGGCCGUGGCAGAGGCCGAGGUCGUGGAAGAGGAAGAGGGGGCCCAAGACGAUAACUUCUCACCGUGCAACUGUUACCAAAUUCUGGGCAAUUUCGGCUAUUUUUUUGUACAGGUCUUGUUUAUGGUAUCCAUUUCUAAUAAACUCAAAUGUGAAAAAGU